AUGCAUGCCAUUCCUGCAGAUCACUAUGUCAAUGUCCCUUUGAUUUCUCUUCCCUUCAUGGAUGGAGAACACAACCAUGGACUCAAACUCAACCCGCUUAUCAUUGGUGUUUUUGGAAUCCUCUCUGGAGCCAUUAUGGUCGGAACCUUACACUGCAUUGCCGCAGGUUGCCGAACCCAACCAGGGCGAUCUACAAGCUCACCGAGGCCCAACAGAACCAGACCCCAACAUCCUGGAAAUAGACCCAACCCUACGAGGAUAACAGUUGGAAUUGAAAGAUUUGGAAAAGAAUGUAGUGAAGAAAUUUGUUCAGUGUGCUUGUGUGAGUUCAAUGAUGGUGAACAGAUUCGUGUGUUGUCUGAAUGCUCGCAUAUGUUUCAUGUUCCUUGUAUUGAUAUGUGGUUAAUGUCACACUCUAGUUGCCCGCUUUGUCGAGCUAGUACUGUGCCUCUUCCACGGAAUGUAGUCGCGUUGCGGCCGUCUUCCAGUGGGAACCCCUUGCCGGAAGUGCACCAACUGCCUGAUCCCGGAGUAUGAUCUACAAGUUAAUGAUGGGUGUAAAUAUCUUUCGUUCUAAGUUUUCAUGAAUUUUUGCUUCUUGGUCGGUCAUCUGAGGGCCUUUAGAAAGUGUGGUGGUGGUGAAA